AUGGCGGCAAGGCUCAUCACUCUGUGCCUCUUCCUCAUGUGCGGCACACAUGUUCGAUCUGAGGUCGAUGAGACCAGCACCGGCAUUCAGCUCACGACGGAGGCGCUCGGUUGGCCGUCUUCCGCCAUGUCACUCUACGACGACGGCAACUUGGGAGUCGACGAUGAAGGAGACGUAGAGGGUGAAAUGGGUCGAAGGUCACUGUUCUGGAGGACAAUGAGGUACUACUACAUUUCGUACGGUGCUCUCUCAGCCAAUAGAAUCCCAUGCCCCCCUCGCUCUGGUAGGUCUUACUACACCCACAACUGUUACGAGGCCAGAGGCCCUGUUCAUCCUUACACUAGAGGUUGCUCUGCUAUCACUCGCUGCAGAAGAUAA